GGUUUUACUGAAAUGCACUGUAUGAGUGGCCACUCAAAUUUUGUAUCUUGUGUGUGCAUCAUACCUCCAAGUGACCUCUAUCCUCGUGGGCUGAUUGCAACUGGUGGCAAUGAUCAUAAUAUUUGCAUUUUCACAGUUGACAACCCAGCUCCUCUUUACAUCCUUAAGGGUCAUAAGAACACAGUUUGCAGCCUUUCAUCUGGGAAGUUCGGCACAUUGUUAAGUGGAUCAUGGGAUACAACAGCCAAGGUCUGGUUGAAUGACAGAUGUAUGAUGACGUUACAGGGUCACACAGCUGCAAUAUGGGCAGUGAAAAUACUACCUGAACAGGGAUUAAUGUUGACUGGUUCAGCUGACAAAACUAUUAAACUGUGGAAGGCAGGCAGAUGUGAAAGAACAUUCACUGGACAUGAAGAUUGUGUGAGAGGUUUAGCUAUUCUCAGUGAAAUGGAAUUCCUUUCCUGUGCUAAUGAUGCUAGUGUACGAAGAUGGCAGAUAUCUGGCGAGUGUCUGCAGGUGUAUUAUGGACAUACAAAUUAUAUAUACAGCAUCUCUGUCUUCCCUCAGUGUAAAGAUUUUGUAACUACUGGAGAGGAUAGAUCUCUUAGAAUCUGGAAACAAGGAGAAUGUGCUCAAACUAUAAGACUCCCAGCUCAGUCUGUAUGGUGCUGCUGUGUAUUAGACAAUGGUGACAUCGUAGUUGGUGCAAGUGAUGGAAUUAUAAGGGUGUUUACAGAAUCUUUGGAACGUACAGCAAGUGCUGAGGAGAUUCAAGCUUUUGAAAAUGAGCUUUCCCAAGCAUCCAUUGACCCAAAAACUGGUGAUUUAGGAGAUAUUAAUGCUGAUGACCUUCCUGGAAGAGAACAUCUUAAGGAUCCUGGAACAAGAGAUGGACAGACACGGCUUAUUAAAGAUAAUGGCAAAGUAGAAGCAUAUCAGUGGAGCGUUAGUGAAGGAAGAUGGAUAAAGAUUGGUGAUGUUGUUGGUUCUUCUGGAGCCACACAACAAACAUCUGGAAAGGUUUUAUUUGAAGGAAAGGAAUAUGACUAUGUUUUCACUAUUGAUGUAAAUGAAAGUGGGCCUUCCUACAAACUGCCAUAUAACAUCACUGAAGAUCCUUGGCUGACUGCAUACAACUUUCUGCAAAAGAAUGAUCUCAAUCCUAUGUUUCUGGAUCAAGUGGCCAAGUUUAUUAUGGACAACACUAAGGGGCAAACGCUGUUGAGUACAAGUGCUCAAUUUUCAGAUCCAUUUACAGGUGCUGGACGUUAUGUUCCAGGUUCUUCAUCUGGACCAAGUACAAUACCUGCAGCAGAUCCAUUUACAGGUGCUGGUCGCUAUGUUCCUGGUUCAGCAUCAAAUGCAAUUGCUCCGGGGGGUGGGGUUGAUCCAUAUACAGGAAUGGGUGCCUACCAAUCAGCUGCAGCUAAAGUUGAAAAUAUUUAUUUUCCGAAGAAGGAUGCUGUCACCUUUGACCAGGCGAAUCCUACGCAGAUACUCGGUAAAUUAAAGGAACUUAAUGGUAGUGCAACUGAAGAACAUAAGCUUACAGAAGAUGACUUGAUAACCCUAGAAAAGUUAUUGUCUGCAACGUGCAACACCUCUGCAGAAACACCUACAGCACAGCAACUUGAGACUUUAUGGAGAGCGGUUAACUGGCCAGAAGAUAUUGUCUUUCCAGCCCUAGACAUUCUUAGAUUGUCUGUCAGGCAUCCCACUGUGAAUGAGAACUUCUGCAGUGAAAAGGAUCACGUGCAAUUUAUCAUCCUUCUCCUUAAAUUCCUGAACCCUAAAGGAAAGCAAGCAAACCAGCUGUUGGCACUUAGAGCCCUUUGCAAUUGUUUUGUCAGCCAGGCAGGCCAGAAACUCAUGAUGGAACAGAGGGGUGAAAUCAUGACACAAGCAAUAGAAAUGAAAUCAGGCAAUAAUAAGAACAUCCACAUUGCGCUUGCCACGCUGACGUUGAACUAUGCUGUGUGUUUACAUAAAGUCAACAACAUUGAGGGCAAAGCCCAAUGUUUAUCAGUAAUCAGCACAAUUAUGGAAGUUGUUAAAGAUCUUGAAGCCAUUUUUAGACUGCUUGUGGCUCUUGGGACGCUAAUCAGUGAUGAUACAAAUGCUGUGCAAUUAGCUAAGUCUCUUGGAGUUGACUCUCAAAUAAAAAAGUAUGCCUCUGUAUCAGAACCGGCUAAAGUAAAGGAAUGCUGUAGGUUUGUUCUUAAUCUGCUAUAAUUGUUUUUCUUAGUACUUGGGAGACACGGAGUAUGCAGGACAAAAAUGUUUUUGUUCAUAUUUUGUGACAGGCUAUAACUGAGAAAAUACUGUGGAUGAAUUACACUUGAUUUGUUGCAAGAUACAGAGCAAAUAAAACUUUUUACACACUU